UUGCCAGAUUCCCUGCUUUCCACGGGCUGGUAUUUCGAGACCACGCAGCGCCAACACGAGAGGAAGUGCUGUUGCAUCGAUGUUUGGAGAGUUUACAAAAAACAUUUACAUUUGGCAUGUUUUGUUCACUUUUUAACGACUAUUUUACGUCUGUUACUCCUUUACAUGCGCCUGAAGAUGUAUAAAACAUAAAUGCCUCGUUUGCUACUGAGUCGUACGUCUUCGUGCCCGCCAUAUUGGAUAGGGCAUCCAUUUCAGCACCGUAUGAUUAAAUCAGCUCUUUUGUUAACUUGAUCAUAUUUGACAAAUGCCCGUGUCUUGUGCAGCUUACGGCUGUAAGAACAGAAGGACACCUCUUAGCAAAGGCCAGGGGGUAACCUUUCACCAGUUUCCUAAAGAUGUUACACUUAGGAAAGCUUGGAUCUUAGCUGUUAGACGGAGGGACUUCAAGCCUUCUCGUAAAACAGUUCUCUGCAGCAGUCAUUUCAAAGAAAAGGAUUUUGACCGAACUGGACAAACUGUUCGAUUGAGGGAAGCUGUGAUCCCAUCCAUAUUUGAAUCAUUUCCGGAUCAUCUAAAGAAGGGUCCCAUAAAAAUCAGAUCAACUAGGACAUCACAGCGCACUCUUGAGCCAAGUAAUGAUCCCGUGCCUGUUUCUAAACCUCCAGAGCCUCAGAAGCCUUCAGCUUCUGAUCAUCACUAUGCUCUGGACCCUGGUCAAAUUAAAAUUAAGUUACGCGAGGCUCAAGCAAGAGUGGAGGAACUGGAACGCCAACUGAGAAAUGCCAAGGAUCGUGAGAGGAGGCAGAAACAAAUUUUGGGGUCACUUCUUGAUGAUUUAAAAACUAAAGGGAAGAUUUCAGAGGAACUACAGCUAAAGCUGCUCCAGGAGGCUGGUCGUGAAACCAGGAGAUUGGGUUCUGAUGAAGGUGCUGAAGCGAAACAGAUGGGGCAGCCAGAGGUCCAUUCGAAGUACUCCUCAUCUCUCCCACUGCUGUGAAUGUUGCUGAGAUACAUCUACCCCAGUGAAAGAUAAGAUGAGAACGGCUUCACGCUUGCUGAGUUCACCACACUGUUGAUGUUGGUGGUCGUACUCAUGGCCCUGCACUUGGGCCGCCUCUCAGAACCUGAUGGAACAACUGAGACAGCAGCAUUUGAGGGGGAACUGGAACUGAAAUGACAGAUUGGGGCUCCCCCUGAGCCCACCUACAUGACAACGUGACCUUCAUCCACCUUGGCUGAAAGCCCCCUUGGAAACAACUACAACAGGAUACAGCGAAGAAGAGACGCUGGGAAAGGAUCAACCACUUCAAGCACCUGCACCCAAAUCUCCAGACUGGUUUCACGGUCAAAGACCUGUAGGACCUUUUCGAGGACAAGAUCAGCUCCCUGACAUAUGGACAACUGCCUCGGCACGCCCUGCUAACUUUUCCACCUCUACAAACAACCAUCUUCUCGAGGUUUCUUCGCACUUUGGAAUGGGAAGCCCUGCUGGAUACAUCUGGAAGUGCAGCAUUUCUCUCAACCUCUACCUGCCCCGCAAUUGGUGCAGCACCUGUAGCUUGGCUCGGCUGCAACCCUCCUCAGAUCACAGAGGAAGGGGUCUCUCUGAAGACAUCAGAGCUGAAGAAAAGAGAGUUUAAGCCUGUUGUGGCUUUCCGCCCAUUCUCCAACCACAAAGGCCACACUCCACACAACGCGAAAGGACUCUUCUACAACAUCUUUCCCCAUCUUGGAACCGCAAGCCUGAUGAAAUGCAUGAACGAUGUUUGGUGGUCUCUGGAAACCAUCACCCCCAUCCUCGUUCCUGGCAGUUAAUCCAGAAAUAUAAAUAAUAAGGACCAUGUUAAUGCAACACCAUCCUGAUCCACUGGAUGGCUGCUUAUACUGAGCCAGGAUCCUCCGGAGGUUUCUUCCUGUUAAAAGGGAGUUUUCCUCUCCACUGUCGCUAUAUGCUUGCUUAGUAUGAGGAUUGCUGUAAAAUCACUGACACUAGUCAGUGACUUGAUGCAACUUGCUAGGUUCCUUAUAUAGGAAGCAUCAUUCUUCUGAUUGGCUUAAUGAACUGACCUGAAUUGGAAUGUUUAUUAUGUGAAGUGCCUUGAGAUGACUCUUGUCGUGAUUUGGCACUAUAUAAAUAAAAUUGAAUUGAAUUGAUCUACGGAAGAGGACUCUGACUUCCAAACCUAAUCUCCAACCACGAGUCCCAGUCCACGGACAUGCCCUUUAAUGAAGAACGCCUGGUUUACCUCAGCUCUGCCAUAGUUAGAGAUGCGUACAGUGAUAUUCCACCUUCAGUUUUCCUGCUUCACUGAAAGAUUUGUCUGCACCGUGAAGCUUUAAACUAAAGUCGCCUGAUGCUUUACUACACCGACCUGAUGUUUUCUGGGUAAUAUAUAGUUUGUUAAACCUUCCCAGUCUCCUUACAGAAACUGCCAUAGGUCUUCGAGUUGUGCAUCACAGUAAAUAUGUUUGGAAUAGUUUUUAAGUUUGUAAUUGUGUUGGUUUAGCUGAUUCUAUUUUCUAUCUCUGUGUACUGCUGUAAGCAGUUGUGUUUGCCUUAUUUGUGUUUAUUAUUUUAUUUGUGCUUAUUAUGAUUUUCUUUUUGCUGAUUUUUGUAUUGACAAAUGAUUGCAGCACCUCGUGCUGUGUAACUCUGAGCCUUUCACAUCUGAUCGUAGUGUUUAUUACUUUGCUUAUUGUUUUCUUGUUUUAAUGCUUGUCUCAUUUUGUUUUGGUUGGUUUGAGUCAUUGCCCCUUAUGGCUACUGAGAUGAUUACCUUUCUUGUUUUACCUUUAUCUAUUUGGUUUUGUGACAUUGCAUGCUGGUUCAGCAAGGCAAACUACAGUUAUCAGCUCAUUUUAUAUUUUCUUUUUAUUUUCAUCUUUUAAACUUUAAUCAUUUUCAUGAUUACUCACAGGUUUAUAGGUUGCUACAUAAUUUGCAGCCAUUUGGGGAUCGCUAGCUAUUUUUGUGAUCUUUUUGUUGUCUGUCAAGUUUUCAUUCUUAUAGUUACAUAAAUAUUUACCUUAAUCACAUUA